AUGCAUCAUGAAGAGUUCGAAAUAACAAUGGUGUCCAUGGAGGAACCGACCGUAAUGACGCCCUCCGGUGGGUCAAGCAACCUGAAGCGGGAUGUUCGUGAUAUGGUGCGGGAAGCCAACUUUCAGACCAAACUACUCAUGCAGGAAAACGAAGCUCAAGACUACCAUUUCCAGCAUGCUUCAAGUGCAGACUACACGGAAUGCUCGGACCAGGAGCAGAUCAUGGGCGACGUGACCUUCAAGGGUGAAGCGGACUUUAACGAUACCAUGAAUUCUGGUAGCUUAAACUCAAGCCGCAAGCGACGAGGAAAUCUUCCAAAGCAAUCGGUCAAAAUCUUGAAACGAUGGCUAUACGAGCACCGUUUCAAUGCGUAUCCAACGGAUGCCGAAAAGGUUACACUAUCGCAAGAGGCCAACCUUACGGUGUUGCAAGUUUGCAAUUGGUUCAUCAACGCCAGGAGACGUAUCCUACCUGAAAUGAUUCGUCGAGACGGGCAUGACCCAAUGCACUACACCAUCUCUCGAAGAGGGAAGAAACUUGGCGGCCAGAUUGUCCAGGAUGGUCAGAACCCUCUUACGAUGAGCCCGGCAUCGGAAGUGAUUGUGGGUGCGACGGAAGAGAUCAUCGAAGAGGAGGAAGUGAUCGAGGAUGGUGUUCCUCAGAUCAUUACCAGUCACGGUCAGCAGUACGUUCAAACACCGACAGGAUUGGUCAAGGUGGAGGAGGAUGUGGACUUUGAAGAUCACAUCAUUUACCGGUCGGACGACAGCAACAUUGAAUAUGAAUACGCGCAAAGCGAAGAAGAGAUUCCUGUGUCGGAACAGGCCGAAUGGGACGGAAUAAUUCGCUACGCAAAUGUUAAGGAUGAUGAAAUUCCAGAAGAAAUCACAGAAGAAGAAGUCAUCGCAUCGGACAGUCCCGAAUAUUUUACCGGGACGACACAUUCUAUCUCAAAUUUAAACCUUACACAGUCCCUGACUACAACUAAUGUUACAGGCACAAUUCGCCCAGCGGUAACGACGUCCGCUGCUAAAAUAAUUACAUCUACACCAGUUCCGGUAGGUAUGCAGCGAGUCCAGGUUGUCGGCACCACCAACGCACUGGGACAAGCGGGCACGGUCGCAAAAGUGAUCAGCACGGGCCAGGGUGGUGCAACCCUCGGAACAGUGAAGCUGGGUGGAAACUUGACGGCCGUGCCGCUACAAGCAGCUCUGAAGGCAGGCCCAAAGAAAGUUACUGUCUUAACAACCUCUGGAAAGACCACGACUGUCACCACAACACCGCUGAGUGAAUCUAAUGCAAAGACGAUAACGGCGACGCUCGUGCAGGGUGGAAAUACCGGGAAUGCGAACAACAACAACAACAAUUCCCAGAACUCUAAUCCGCACACGACGACGGCAGUCAAGGUAAAAGGUGUAAUUCGUGACGAUAAGGAUCAGUUCAAGUGUCUCUACCUGCUAGUGGAAACUGCAGUUGCCGUACGUCAGCGAGAAAAAGAGCAGGACGAUGUUCACGUAUUAGGGCACUAG